AUGAGCUCCUCAAUAUCCAUCGACGACUUGCAAGCGGCGGCUAAGAGGUAUGGCGCUGAGCCACUCCUAGUUCUAUCAAAUGGUACGACUCUCGAUUUAUCGAACGGUUACAUCCCACUACUCGCGCGAUACACUUUCGAAGACAAAGCCGCCCAGGGCCUGCGGAAGGGCAAGGCCGGGGAGGAACCGGAAAAUCCGAUUCAUUUCUCUGUUCUGGAGCUAGUCCGCGACAACUCCAUCUUGCUCUUGACGGGACCCAGUGGAAGCGGGAAAACUACGUUCGCCAAGCACCUCUCCUACGGCCUAGCUUCCUCUGGACUCAGCAAUACGCGACCAUUGUCUCGCAACGACCUUGGUGAUAUCAAGGAAGAGUACUGGGGCACUGCCAGACUGUUUCCCUGCUAUUUUUCAUUGAGUGCCAUCGAAGAUCUGGAACAUUUGGCUGAGGUCACGAUUCCGAAACUUCUCAGCGCAUCUGACCCUCGACAUGAGCAUCUUCUUAUCAUCCUCGAUGAUCUCCAGAAUGCAGGAGACGAGUCGAUCUUUAUUCUGGCAAGAAUACUCCCCCUACUGCGAGAGCGAACCUUCACCAAGCUGCUUUUGCUUGGCGACGCAGGCAUGCUUGACCGUUUGAGUAUCCCAGCCGAGAUCGUCCGUCACGAUCUGCUUCCUUUGCUAGAGUGUCAAAGACGGGAGAUAGUGCGUUUGCAUCUGAACCUUGAACCGUCGACUCACAUAACAACUGGCAUGGGUGAAGCCGCGUCGAACCCAGCCUUGUUCGCUCUUGCGAUCCAAGCCAACCACUCUGGGAACUGUGCCGAGGAGUUACUAGAUGCGUGGCUUUCGUCCACCUACUCGCAGCCAGGUGCUGCAGCACUCCUAGCAGAAAGGGCAUACAAGCUGAUAACACACGGGUCACUGACUGUCAGCCCGACUGAGACAUCAUUGACCUCGAGUCAGCUCAACCCUGCCUCACAAAGCCUGGCCGUGGAACGGCUGCUAGCUGCACGGCACCUAGCUGGUCUGGCACCUCGAGUUGCUGUCAAACUCUUCCGUGAUCAACCUCAUGCUUCAAAGCAUGUCUUGAGGAGCUUUCUGUUGCGUCUCAGCUCCUCACCCAAGUCUGCCGCCCUUGGAAACUUGUCGGCUGGCGAGCGCGAGAAAGCUGGUCGCGUACUGUCACGAUAUGGCGACCCACGAGAUCUGACUGGCCUCGUAGAGGUUCCCGCAGGAAGCUUCACGAUGGGCUCUGAAAGCCAUCCUAACUCGCAGCCUUUGUAUAGGAUCUCACUCGAGAGGUUUCGCAUCGGACUCUAUCCUGUCGUGAACAGAGAUUAUGGUGCUUUUGUGAGAGAUACCGGCCGCUACUGGAUUAGUCCUGAUGGCGAGGACCCGGAGAGAUUAAAUGCACCAGCGACCGACCUUACAUGGCAUGACGCGAGGGCUUACUGCCAAUGGCUCACAGAAAGGUGGAGAAAGGAGGAAAAGAUCAGUCCAAGUGAGUACGUGAGACUCCCGUCAGAGCCAGAAUGGGAGCGCGCGGCCAAGGGUGGCCAUGAUGAGACGGGCACUGAAGGAUUGACUUUCCCUUGGGGUUCGAAUUGGCAGGAAGAUGCUGCCAAUGGCGACGAGACUGGCUUCAAUACGACCUGUGCUGUUGGUCUCUUCCCAAAGGGGCGCUCACCGUACGGCUGUUACGAUAUGGCGGGGCAUGUAUGGGAGUGGUGCUCAACUCUCUGGGGCGAGGACAUGGCGACGCCAGCUUUCCAUUAUCCUUGGCGGGGUGAUGGACGAGAGUCCCUGGAUGCCUCGGAUCAUAUCCGAAGAUUGCUGAGAGGUGGAUGCUUCUCAAGCCCAAAGUUGAAGGCAAAUUGUACCUAUCGGGGUAGCCUCGAACCGACCGGAUUCUGGAGAGGGAACGGGUUCCGCAUCGUUGUUGCUUCACUAGGCUCAUAG